UCUUCAUUUAUAGAAGAACCCUAAUGGAAAGAGUCACCAAGGGUUCAGUACCAUCUGCCCCACAGUUUCCAUCAAAUCCCCAGCCUGGAUCUGAGAUACCACGAGACAGUAAAAACUUUGUGAAAGGAGAUGCACUGAAGAGAGUGGAAAACACACCAGCUGUUGGAAAUCAUAGAAAUCAAGAAUGUGUCCAGGCUCCUGUGACUAAAUUGAGAAGUGUAGAACAGAUAUUGGUAGACUGUAGCCCUAAUUCAAGCAAAUAUAAUUUUCAGCAGAAUAGAGAAAUGCCAAUGAAGACGAUCGCCACUGAGACCAGAGCAUCAGAAGAAAUAACUCUAGAUCACACUGCUGAAUCAAUUCAAAAACUGGACAAAGAAGAUCCUGAUUGGCUGGAAUCGUUACGGAGGUCCAAAGCAGCAGAUGAAAGGCGACGCUCCCUUGCCAAACACGCACGAGAUGACUACAAGAGGCUGUCAUUGCAGGGCAUCCACAAAGGCAAAGCAGCUGACGUUUCCAAGGCCUGUAAGAGAGAGGAGCAAAGAAAGCCACCUCCUCCACCUCUGCCACCAAAGCCUAAAAACCUCACAGCUAAAACAGCUAAUGGGAAAACAGAGAGAAAACAAAGGUUACAAAGAUCUGUCCCCAGUUCUACUCAAAAGAGUAUAAUUCGGUGGUUUAAAGAAGAGCAGUUCAACCUCCGAGCCGGCUUUGAGAAAUCAACAGAUCAGAUAGCACCUUGGUUCCACGGUAUUUUAACCACCAAAGAAGCAGAAGAACUUUUAGAGGGUUUGGCACCUGGAAGCUUUCUGAUCCGGGUCAGUGAAAAGAUCAAAGGCUAUGUUCUCUCAUAUUUGUCAGCAGAAGGCUGCAAACAUUUCCUGAUAGAUGCUUCUGGAGAUUCGUACAGUUUCCUUGGUGUCGACCAACUGCAACAUUCAACAUUAGCUGAUCUGGUUGAUUAUCACAAGGAUGAGCCCAUCACAUCUUUGGGGAAGGAACUUCUUCAUUACCCCUGUGGACAACAAGGACAGUUACCUGAUUAUCUUGAUCUUUUUGAGUGAUAUUUGGAAUGUCCACUCUAACAUAUGGAGGAAGUUUAUGGAAUGGGCAGGCACAGACAUGGAGCCAGAAUCCUUCAGUUUUUACAAUAGUUCCUUAACUGCAAAAUUAUGAUAUAAGUAUGUUUGAUAAACAAGAAGUAAAUACAACCAAGCAAAAAAGAAAUAGGAAUCAAAAUCCUAAAGAAAGCAGCAACAGAGUAAAGCCACAAUGACAGGCAAUUGUGGUAAUAAACUUUCUUUGUUCAAACUGAAACCUGACUUCAUGAGUUGCUGUUAAAUGAAGUUAUAUGAAACUAUUCCAAAGAGUGAUUAACAUUUCUGGUACAUUCUUGAAAGGAUUGUAUUUUUGAGGAAAGCCCCAAAUGCAGACAUAGUUAGAAGUGUCUUCAUAACUUCAAAAUCAUCUGAGAGGGUGGUUUUCAUCACCAUGAACCAGUGGUGAGUAUAAGCAUGUCUGUAGAGUGCUAUGGGUGCAUCAUAGUUUCCAACAGUUCACUUCUUUCUUGCCAUAUUCUCUGCUAACACAACAUCCUUGGUUAGUUGCAGUGUUGUUUUGCAUUCCUUUAAAAACUGUUAGUAGGCAUUGCAUGGAUCAGAGCUCUUCAUUUUCAGGUCUAUGGCCCAGUUCUUUAGAAGACAAAUCUUUGCCUACUGGCAAGGUGGGGCAUGGGGGAACCAGAUACAUUUUUCUUUUAGCAUGGAAGCAUAUAAGUUUGUAAGCAUGGGUACAAUAUGCCUCUGUGCUUUCUUUGCUUCCAAGCUUACCAGAACAGAUGGGUUCCCCAUUGAAGAAGCCAGUCUAUGAUGGACAAACACAGUAAAUAGUCAGCAGAAAGAGGAGAGCCUUUAGCAACAAAUGCUAAAGUAUGGCAGUUGGAUACUGAAACAGUGAUGGCCUAAAAAUAAGUAUUACAAGUGCCAAAGCAUUUUGCCAUUUUCUCUGAAAAUGUUAGAAAUAAAUAUGUUCUUUGUAACAGUACAAGCACAGCCACUGCCUGUUCUAAUUGUGCUUCACUUCUUCAAUUCAUUUGAAAAUAAUCUAAGCUAGGUCAAAAGGAAAGCACUCAUUUGUUAUAAUAGGUGCAGAGGGAUUAAAAUACUGUCAAAGGCUAUUUGUGCAUUCUACGUGCAGAAUAUGGACAUGUCCCAAGUUUCCUUAUUUUUCUCUUCAUUUAUUUUUAUUUGUCAUAAUGAACAAAUUUAAGAAAAAAAUAUUACAGUGACAGUAUGAGAAACAAGAGAAUUGUGAAAGGAAAAUAGUAGUAGAAAUGCAGAAUAGAAAAUAGAAAAGGGAAGAAAAAACAGAAGAAAAGAUACAAACAUUUAUAGACAUUUGACAAACUGACUUCCAACUUCUUUUGCAAAGGAUAUAUACAAAAAAACCUUUCAUACAACCCUUAUUUAACUUUAGAUUAUAGCUUCUACUUUUCCUGAUAGUCUAUAGUUAUAGCUAAUCAUUGAAACCAUAUGUCACAAUUUGACUAUGUUCAAUUUCAUGCAAAAAGUCAAUGAAUGGCUUUCAGUCUUUCUUAAAUUUUAUCAAUGCUUUUUUUUUUUAUAAUCACUGUCAGUUUCGCCAUUCCUGCUAAUUCUGAAAGCUUAACUAACCACUCCUCAACUGUAGGUAGUGCCUGGUCUUUCCAAUGUUGAGCCAGAAGCAGUCUCGCAGCCGUUGUCAUAUAGAAAAGUAGAGUACCAUGUGCUUUUUCUAAGUGUAUGUCCAUCAUCCCUAAUAAAAAGAUUUCCGGUCUCAAUGCAAGUUUCCUUAUUUUUCUAACCAUCAGUAUUAGCUGACUGUAAUAUUUAAAUACAUCUGGAAAAUGUACUUCUACUUUCUUCUUUGUCUCUAUUUCAUCGAAGCUCCACUUUGAGGCACAUUUUCCAAAGUUCAAAUAUGAAAAAAUGCAAGGUGAAUUGGCAAGUAUAUUAAAAUCAUAGUGUAACAGUAUAGCAGGUAUUAUAUUGGCAGAAUGGCUAUCAAGUCAGAAGGCUACAGGAACUUUGCCCACUGAAAUAUGGCAACACAGAAAACACAGUGGCCAAGUGAUUGGAAGAGGUCAGUCUACAUUCCAUACCAAAAAAGGGAGACUUAACAGAGU